ACGUUGUAUAUUUUACUAUCGAAAAAAUAAAAUAACAUCGUCAUAAUUUUUUAUACGAGAAUGACACAUAUGUGACACUUUCGCGUAAUCCCAAUUCGAGUAAAAUUCACCAGUAUUUGGUUUUCGUUCGACGGACGCUUUAGAUUUUUGCAAAGAAAGAUGUUAAAAGGCAAUGAAAAUCCUGAAACACACGUUACUGAUAUAAUGUGCGAUUAUUGCGCCUGGAUCAGUAAAAUCUUGGCCAGAAUCGGUGCCGAGGCUCGAAUCAAGAAAAAGAAGAAAAAGGGAGUAAAUCCGGUUAUCAUUGUUCAUGGAGGUGCUGGGAGAAUACCUCAAUACGCACGGAAAUUUAUGCUUGAUGAGGUAAAGAAAGCCGCAAUAGCGGCGUAUCACGAUCUAACUAAAGGAUGCUAUUCGCUGGAUGCGGUUGAACGUGCAAUUUGUCACAUGGAGAGCAAAAAAUACUUUAACUGUGCAUACGGAGGCUCCUUGGAUGUCAAUGGAGAGGUCGUGAUGGAUGCCGCGAUAAUGACGAAUGAUCUUCGCGUAGGUUGUGUGGGUGCCGUUCGUAAUAUAGCACAUCCUAUAACAUUAGCCAAAAUGGUCUUGCAGCAAACGGAACAUGUAUUGAUAGUCGAAGCUGGAGCGCAAAAGUUUAGUAUGGAAUCAGGCAUUCCUACUUUGUCACCUGGCCAAUUGAUCGUUAUGUCCGAUUCGAAGACAUCCUUGCACGAAGAAGGAAAUAACGACGAUGGGGACAAACAAUCCAAUAAAAAAGAAUGCAUACCGGAAUGUGUAAUUGAAAGAGACAAGGAGGAAAGUGCUCUCAAAGUCGCUGAGAUAGACAAAUCCUUGGAAAUUGCACCUGAUUUUAUACAGCUUGGCGCGGUUGGAGCAGUGGCAUAUGAUCGGAAAAAACGUCUGGCUAGCGGAACCUCGACAGCUGGAGAACCAGGAAAGCUGCAUGGAAUCGUGAGUGCGACUGGAACAGCGAUCGGUUGCGGUAUUUACGCUAAUAAAUGGGGCUGUGUGUCUGUUUCGGGUUGCGAUAAAACUAUUUAUAAAUACGCGCCAGCCCAGAAGAUCUUACGACGACUGCGGCGAAAGGCGAUGUCGAUCGACGAAGUGGUUGCUGACGUGUUAAAAGACUUGGAAAAAAAAACCGAAGGAUCAUUUCCAUCGGAAUCCGACAUAGGUGUAAUCGCGUUGACUGACAAAGGAAUACCAUCAGUAUCCUUUAAGUGCGCACAUUUUCCUUGGGCGUAUUGCGUCAAAGGCUAUGUGUAUUACGGAUGCGCGAGGAACGAGAUUUUCUCAGAAAAAAUCGAUGUCGUCGAGCGACCGUUAGACUGCAUGUGUGAAGAUUCAAAUUAGAUCAAAUGCGCGAUUCACCAGAGAAUCGUUAGAUUUUAGUCAGAGCUGCAAUAAACUCUCUAACUAAAAUAAAUCAAUUGCAUCUCAAUAUUUAUUUGCAUCUUUAAU